GAAGACAUUUGUUUGAGUUAUGAGGGGAGUUGGUAUCUAGAACUCUCAAUAUACCACUAGAUGUCUAUAUAGAUUUAGGGAGUCUACUUUUGUACUUUCUACUUAUACUGAUAUCAUACUGUGCAUGGAUAGAUGGGUGAUAGAUGAUAGACUAGAUCUACUAAACUAAAAAUGCGAUUCUAUAUCAACUUCCGGGACAUAAAAUAAUCAUUUAUUCAUGAUAAUCAUAACAUAGACUAAUAUACACAAACACUCUAUUCUAAAUCUAUUUGUUAUUUUAGAGUUAUAGACCCUAGAUCUAGAUCAAUUUUAUCUAGAGUUAGAGUCUAGAUUAUAGAUUCUAGAUCUAGACUAGAACUCUAGAUCUUAGCUCUAGGGUCUUAGAUAAUACAGUUUAUACACCUAGUGACCUAGACCUAGUGAAGGCUAGUGACAAAAGUGACUGACUUAUCAUGACUUAUGGAGUUCACUGUUAUGACUAGGAGUAGGAGUAGAUUCUACUUCUAGUAAUCUACUAGAGUCUAGGAGUCGUAGGACUAGACUAGUCUAGAGUCACUUACUACUAGUACUAGAUCUAGUAGUAGUACUACUCUGCUACUAGAGUGUCUAGAGACUAGUAGAGAGUAGAGUGUCACUAUCACUAGAUCUAGUCGUGACUAGUGACAUCUAAAAUAAUCUAAAUGUAGAUAUCUAUUCCUAGGCAACAAACAAACUGCUAAGAAAGAUUGUGUGAAAUAGGAGGUGUGGUGGCUGAACGUUAAAGUGCAUGACUUCUGAACUGGCGGUCCUGGGUUCGAAAUCUGGUGAAGACUGGGAUUUUUAAUUUUGGGAUCUUUGGGCACCACUAAGUCCACCCAGCUCUAAUGAGUACCAGACACUAGUCAGGGAAAAGAAAGGCGGUUGGUUGUUGUGCUGGCCACAUGACACCUUCGUUAACCAAAGGCCACAGAAACAUGACCUUAACAUCAUCUGCCCUAUAUAUCACAAGGUCUGAAAGGGGAACUUUUGUGUGAAACUAUUUUAUUUUCUAAACAUUGACUUUUGUUUUUAACGACAGGUUUAAUCCAUAAAAUAAGCUAAUGUUUAGACCCAUUAACUGUCUAUUAUGGCUGAUAGAGAGCAAAACUUUACUGUUGAUCUGAGCAAUGUCUUAAAACAUGUGAAGAAGGAAAAGGAAGACCCAUAUUCGUUAACACAACCAUGUGAAGAACAAGACUUCAAAAUGCCAAUCAUAAAAACUGAGAAGAUAGAUGAAGAGGAACCAGACUUGUAUACCCAGCAAUCAGAAAGCUAUGCUGAAACGGCUAAUGUAAAACUUGAACAUCAGGAUAUUACUAUAAAGCAAGAGACGGAAACAUCGGAUUUGACAGAUAGUAAUCAACCAUGGUCCUUGGCUUCAGGGCUUCUGGCUGUGUCAAUGAAGACAAAUAACAGUCUUUAUCCUGUGCCGGUCAUUAAGUCUGAACACACUUCUGUCUCAGAAAUGUCAGAGAGUGAGGUAGAGGGCUUUAAGCAAGAAAAAGAAAUGACUUCUGAGGAGUAUGCAAUCUCUAGCAGAGUACAAAAUCAAAUGGAACAAAAUCUACACAAUGAAACUGUUCAAAGUAAGAAACUUUACUUUUGUAAAAUAUGUCAAAAAGGUUUUUCUCGCUCUUCAAAAUUAAAAGACCACUACAUGGUGCAUAGUGGAGAGAAACCGUUCAAGUGUCCAACAUGUGAAAAAUGUUUUUCUCAAUAUUCCAACUUAAAAGUGCACCAGAUGACUCAUACUGGGGAAAAAAAAUUCAAGUGCCCAAUAUGUCAACAUGGAGUUACUACAUCUUCCUCUUUGAAAAUACACCAACGAGUCCAUUUGGGCGAGAAACCCUUUCAGUGUCAAACAUGUGAUAAAUGUUUCUUUACGGCUUCAGCUUUGAAAACUCAUCAGGUGGUCCACACAAAGGAAAAGAGAUUCAAAUGCCCAACCUGUGAGAAAAGUUUUACGCAGCUGUCUACCUUGAAAACUCAUAUGCAGAUUCAUACAGGUGAAAGGCCAUUUAGAUGCCCGACGUGUCAAACAGGCUGUGCAAGCUCUUCGGCCUUGAGAUAUCACAUGAGUAUCCAUACUGGGGAAAAACCCUACAAAUGUCAGACAUGUCAGAAAGGUUUUUCAAGUUCUUCCAAAUUGAAAUAUCAUCAGGUUACCCAUACUGGGGAAAGACCAUAUAUAUGUCAAAUAUGCCAUAAAGGUUUUUCUAAAUCUUCCAAUUUGAAAACACAUCAGCGACUUCACACUGAUAAAAAACCUUUGGUCCAAUAUUUGCAGAAAUAACAUCUUUGCAGAGCUGGAAAAACUUAAACAUAAAAAUUUUUUCAAGGUGCUGAAAGUUUGGAUAGAAAUUUGCUUCUAUCAUCAAGAGCUGGAACUUAUAGCAGUAAAAUGUAUUGUUCAUUCCUUGGUAGAGUCCAUAUCUAUGCUACAAGUGAGGACUUUUUAACUUGCCUCUUGGUUAGGGUCUCCAGACACCUGCAUGACCUAGGGAGGUCAGAAAAGAGGACAAAGCUUUACAAAGGAGGACAAAAAAGUUAUAUGUAAAAAUUAAAUUUUACAAUGUAUAUAAUGUAAUUGGGAUUUGAAAUUUCUAUAUUAAGUAUAAUAAAUAUUUUUUUAAAGUUUAAAAAGAAAUUAAUUUAAAUUUCACUUGAGGACUAGAAAAUAUUUAUGUUGAGACUAUGCAUCUUUGGGUAUUUCACACAUAGGCCCUAUUAAUUCAUGAAUUUAUACCUCUAUUGAUGUAACGACAUUUUAACCAACUCUUGGUAGGUAGGAAUCUUGUACCUCUGUUGUUGUAAGAACAUUUUAACCUAACUUUUGGUAGACAGUAGUCUAUACUAUACUCUUGUUGAUAUAAGGACAUUUUAACUUUGAUUCUAUACUCUUGUUGAUGUUAGGACAUUUUAACUUUGAUUCUAUACUCAUGUUGAUGUUAGGACAUUUUAACCGGGCUAAAAGCCAAAACAAACAAAAUUGUAUACAUUUUUGUGUUGCAUGUUUACUAUUGCUGCUCUCACUUCCCAUACACCAGUCCUGUGGUACAUCAUGAUUAUCUAACCAGAAAGUUUUGAGACUGGCCCAUACACUACUGACACAAAGAAAAUGCUUGAACAUUUCAGCCACUUGCUAGAUAUAAGAAUCUCACAAGACAUUCUCUGACAAGAUAAAAACAAACCAUUUAUCUACUAACCAUGCACAAACAAAUCCUUAGGACUUAAGAUACCAAUGUAAACUGUCUGUCAAGGAGUUGUAUAGUAACAUUGUACAUAAGAAAUGAAUUGAUUGGUUUAAAGAAAACAUCUUCUGGAUCACUGCUGCCAAGUGAUGUUGACAUUGUGUAUAUGUCAUGCUGUUAAGAUGUAGAAUUUUUCCUCUUGGCAAGAGUUCAUAUUAUAGUGUUGUGUAAAAUGUUAGAGUGUGUUAUUAAAGCAACUCAUUAUAAUAUCUGGUGUUAUAUCUUUGGCUUAUUUAUUCUUUCAAGUAUAUCAUUUUUAAUCUAACUAGAGGUGAAGCUAGACAGUGACCAAUUUUUGUUCUGUUAUUAGUAAUUCUAAGAUACAAUCUUGGUUCAUGAUGAUUGUAAUUGUAUUAAUUAUACAUUAUAAACAAUUAUCAUUUAAUAAUUGUUGUUUAUAGUAAUUUAUAUCCCUGAUCAACACCUACAUUAGUAAUAAAA